UAUUUACAAAACGCAUGAAUUUUUGAUAUUUGUUUUAUAAGUUUUGCACUUUUAAACUCUCCAUUUAUUUCAAAUGUUCUGGUUUCGACAGACCUAAAGAUCUUAAUUCAUGAAAUCUAACACCAGCAUAGUCCGUCAGUUUCUGAAAUUUUACCAUUGCAACCUCUUAAUAAAUAGAUCUGUUGCUCAUGUUGCUGGCUUUGGAGUCAUCAAAAAGAAGCUUAUACAAAGUUGCUGUCCAUCAAACUGCCUGAAUAAACAAAGUAUUGCAACAUAUGUCAAACUUAACCAAUUACAGAGUGAUACUAUAAGUAAGAUUGACAUGGAGGAUGGUUUUGAAGUUGACCUGGUGGAUGCAUUGAAAACAGUGGUUAAAGACAGUGGAUGGCAGUGUCUAGGUUUAGUAACAGAUUUAAAGAAAAAUAAAUGUAAAAGGUUUUAUGCAGAAGAUGGAGAAGAUCUUGUAUUGAUUUAUGUACCAGGGCAAAAUACUUUUUAUUGUAUGGAUGCAGCAUGUUCACAUGAAGGUGGACCACUGGAGCAGGGUGACAUAGAAGACUUUGAUGGAGAACUAAAAAUUGUCUGUCCUUGGCACAGCUAUGAUUUUGACUUGAAAACAGGAAUGUCUUCCUCUGGACUACAUCAAGAAGUUUAUCAAGUAGAAGUAGUUGGAGACAAAGUGUAUGUAAACUACCCUGAAGACUUACAUACAAAACCAAGUAAAUUUAGUCCUACAUCUACCAGAAAGGAUGAUGAACCAAAGAUAGCAGAAAGUAUGGAAGAUACUGGCACCCUUAGUUAUUGGGCUGUCAAGAUUCUAAACACAGGAGACCCUGAUGAAAAGAUCAAGUUAACAUUUGAUGUUGGUGAAAAAUGGCAAAAAAGGGAGAUAACUACGCUUGGUCACAUGAUUCCACCUGACCAACCAAAACGUGGGGACCAGCUGAAUAUUGUAGCUCCUGGAAAAGAAAAGAGGAGAGGAAAAGGUGGAAGUCUGGCCAGUAGAAUAUCCAAUCUGCAUUCCCUAGCUAACAUAGAACAAUGGGCUGUAGAUUUAUCUUGGGAUAUUGUUGUCAGGUUUGCCCAUGUGAUGGUGGAUGGUCAACAGCUACCACAAGAAUUCUUUGAUGACUUUAUACAGGUAGCAAUAGAUGAAGCAAAGCACUAUGGUAUGAUAAGUACAAGACUGAAAGAUCUUGGUAGUCAUUUUGGAGCUCUUCCAGUUCACAAUGCUUUAUGGGAUUCUGCCACAGACACAUGUGAUAGUUUACUGGCAAGACUUGCUAUAGUUCAUAUGGUACACGAAGCAAGAGGUCUGGAUGUACAACCAAAGACUUUAGAAAAGUUUGCUAAGAACAACGAUCCAGAGUCAGUGAAAGUUUUAGAAGUUAUUUAUAGAGAUGAAAUCACACAUGUUGCUGCAGGUCUUAAAUGGUUCACUUACAUCUGUAAAAACUCUCAACCGCCAUUGGACUGUAUACCAACAUUUCAUGAAUAUGUGAAGAAAUAUUUUAGAUCUUAUUUGAAGCCACCAUUUAAUACAGAAGGCAGAAAAACUGCUGGAAUGUAUGAAGAGUGGUAUAUGCCUCUAGUAAAACCAAAAUGAUGAACCUAGGAACAAUCCAUAUAGAUCAUGAUCUGAAACUAGCACCAUAGACAAAGAAGAAAGCUUUAAAUGAAAAAAACUAUGAUCUAAUACUAGUUUUAACUUUUGUUGAACUUUACCACUGGUAUCUUAUAUAGAUCGAGAUUUAAUAUUAGAAUAAAAGAUACAAGGCUGGAAAAAUAGUAAAAAUAAAUACUGAUUAAGAUCUUAAAAUAU